AUGAGCCGGAGCGGCGGAGCCCGGCUGCCCGCGGCCGCGCUCACCGGCCCGGGACGCUUCCGCAUGGCCCGCGAGGAGCCGGCGCCCGCGGCGGUAGCGGCGGCCGGGCAGCCCCGGGCCGACAGGGGCGGCGAGCGCGAGCGGGCGCUGCCGGGGCUAGGGGGCACCCGCAGGGGGCGGCCGUCGCUGAGCCGCGCUAAACUGCACGGGCUGCGGCACAUGUGCGCCGGGCGCACGGCGGCUGGGGGCUCCUUCCAGCGGCGGGCGCUGUGGGCGCUGGCCUUCUGCACGUCCCUCGGCUUGCUGCUGUCCUGGUCCUCGAACCGCCUGCUCUACUGGCUCAGCUUCCCGUCGCACACGCGCGUGCACCGCGAGUGGAGUCGCCAGCUGCCCUUCCCCGCUGUCACCGUGUGCAACAACAACCCUCUGCGCUUCCCGCGCCUCUCCAAGGGGGACCUCUACUACGCCGGCCACUGGCUCGGGCUACUGCUACCCAACCGCACCGCACGCCCGCUGGUCAGCGAGCUGCUGCGGGGCGACGAGCCGCGCCGCCAGUGGUUCCGCAAGCUGGCCGACUUCCGCCUCUUCCUGCCGCCGCGCCACUUCGAGGGCAUCAGCGCCGCCUUCAUGGACCGCCUGGGCCACCAGCUCGAGGACAUGCUGCUCUCCUGCAAGUACCGCGGCGAGCUCUGCGGCCCGCACAACUUCUCCUCCGUGUUUACAAAAUAUGGAAAGUGUUAUAUGUUUAACUCAGGCGAGGAUGGCAAACCUCUGCUCACCACGGUCAAGGGCGGGACAGGCAACGGGCUGGAGAUCAUGCUGGACAUUCAGCAAGAUGAGUACCUGCCCAUAUGGGGAGAGACAGAGGAAACGACAUUUGAAGCAGGAGUGAAGGUUCAGAUCCACAGUCAGUCUGAGCCACCUUUCAUCCAAGAACUGGGCUUUGGGGUGGCUCCAGGGUUCCAGACUUUCGUGGCCACCCAGGAGCAGAGGCUCACAUACCUGCCCCCACCCUGGGGCGAGUGCCGAUCCUCAGAGAUGGGACUCGACUUCUUUCCUGUUUACAGUAUCACUGCCUGUCGGAUUGACUGCGAGACACGCUACAUUGUGGAGAACUGUAACUGCCGCAUGGUCCACAUGCCAGGGGAUGCCCCUUUCUGUACUCCUGAGCAGCACAAGGAGUGCGCAGAGCCUGCCCUAGGUCUGCUAGCGGAGAAGGACAGUAAUUACUGUCUCUGCAGGACACCCUGCAACCUGACCCGCUACAACAAAGAGCUCUCCAUGGUGAAGAUCCCCAGCAAGACGUCAGCCAAGUACCUGGAGAAGAAAUUUAACAAAUCAGAAAAAUAUAUCUCAGAGAACAUCCUUGUUCUGGAUAUAUUUUUUGAAGCUCUCAAUUAUGAGACAAUUGAACAGAAGAAGGCAUAUGAAGUCGCUGCCUUACUUGGUGAUAUUGGUGGUCAAAUGGGAUUGUUUAUUGGUGCUAGUAUCCUUACAAUACUAGAGCUCUUUGAUUAUAUUUAUGAGCUGAUCAAAGAGAAGCUCCUAGACUUGCUUGGCAAAGAAGAGGACGAAGGGAGCCACGAUGAGAACGUGAGCACUUGUGACACGAUGCCAAACCACUCUGAAACCAUCAGCCACACUGUGAAUGUGCCCCUGCAGACGGCCCUGGGCACCUUGGAGGAGAUUGCCUGCUGA